AUGCCGACAUCGGCAAACUCUCGAACCUCAUAUAUGUUCGACGAAAAUACACAGCAUUACUUUCAGCCUAUGCACCACAUGCAAGACAUCCAGCAGAUGGUGCCACCCCAUGACAGGCGGUUAUCACAACCUGAUCUAAGAAUCCAGACAGGCAUGAGACCAUAUACACCUACACAUCAAAUACAGACUGCUCAUUUCCCUUUGACACCAGCACAAACACCGUUAAACCAUCCUUCACGGCAAGUGAAAUCAUUACAGACAUCUCCACGAGCAUUGCAGCAAGACGAGACGAUAGUAUCUCCUCGACCGGUCUCCAUGCAGAAAUCACGAUCGUUACAAGGCAUCGCCGAGCAUGAUGCUAUGAACUCCUUCACCAACGACUUUGGCGCUCCAUUAUUGCCUGCCUCAGAAACAACAACAAUAGCCCAAGAGCCAAUGAAACGUAAAGCCGCUCAUUCGAAGAACGCUCCAACCAGUAGCAUGAAUUUUCCAUCAACACCUCUCUUUGGGGAAUCCGCUCAAGACACCACUGACCUUCAGAACAUUGAUCAAUCAGCUUACCAACUGAGCCAACUACCAUCCUCACCGAAUAGACCUGCACUUUCACCUCGCCGCAUCUCAAUAUCCGACCUUCACUUGGAUCCGGGUAUCAGUGCUUCCAGUAUAGAGACGAAUAUAAGUAUCGACGACAUUGCACAAUUUAUAGUCCAGCCUGAUCCAAACAUAAACAGCUGGAGAUGCACUUUUGAUGGUUGCAACAAAGACUUCGGUCGCAAGGAGAAUAUCAAAUCACAUGUUCAGACUCAUUUAGGUGAUCGUCAAUUUAAGUGCAAUCAUUGCGGCAAAUGCUUCGUUAGAGGGCAUGACCUGAAGCGCCAUUCGAAGAUUCACACAGGUACAAAAGCUUACGCUUGUCUUUGCGGAAAUGCCUUUGCGCGACAUGACGCUCUGACACGACAUCGACAACGAGGCAUGUGUAUCGGCGCUUUUGAAGGAAUUGUUCGGAAGGAGGUUAAACGAGGCAGACCAAAGAAACACCGACCAGAGAUGGAAGACCGCCUUGACAAAGCAUCGCGAACGCGAUCAAAGCAGCAGCAGGGCUCUAGUGGACCUGCUGAUACCUACCACUCCUCGGCCUCCAGCUGCUCCAUGUCGAGCUGGGGUUCACCACCUGCGGAGAGCAUGGACAACCUAAGCAUUCGUGACGGUCCACAGUCUCCCAGCAUCACCUACGAUGGUGCGAUGAAUCUAUUCGGGCUGGACCCACAAAGCAUGGAUACCAUAUCUCACGGUCCGACAAACUCUGCGCAUCAGGGCCCGAUGCUUGGAGAUAUGUUCUCCUAUACUCCUCCUGCAAGCCCUGGAUACUCCACUGGCAACAAGCCAACUCCCUCCUUUCGCGAGCUUACUCCUGCUGAGAUGCUGUCUUUUGAAGAGCACUGUGGUUCGGCUGCAACAGCAUUACAGCCCAUGGCUGACCAGGUGUUGAACCACCCAGUUCUCGUGGGCAGAGAGGUCACUACUAUGCCGCGAGCCGACACAUACGACCUCCCCUUAUAUUCAGCAGCGCAUGAGCCCGCAGUGCUGACCACGCAGUCAGCUUCGCUUCCAGCUCUGUCCCAUUCCUCUUCUCCUCCACCCCAGGAGCCAGGCUCGACGUUUGCCUACGAUUUUCCUGACGAUAUGCAUCCACUACGAAUGAGCACCAUGUCCAAUAUGUCCUUUGGCCUUAGCAAUCUCAACAAGACUCAUGACUCGAAUACCAAUACCCAUACUCAUGCCGAUGCUGAUGAUGCCCAACGCAACGAGUUUGACAGUUUCCUGGAUUUCAACGACGACUCACAGCUGGGCUUGGGCAUGAACCUCAACCUAGACGCUAACGAUGCAUUCUUUGCAUCAUUGUAG